AUGUUAACUACUCCUACUCAAAAACACAGGGUGACCGUCGUGGGGUCUGGGAAUUGGGGGAGUGCAAUUGCUAAAAUUGUAGCCGAAAAUACUAAAGCUAACCCUGAGCUUUUCCAUCCGGAGGUUAAGAUGUGGGUGUAUGAAGAGAAAUACCAACUGCCCUCAACUCAUCCUGCCUAUGAUCCAGCCAAACAUGCUGAGCCCGAAAAGCUCACAGCUUUAAUUAAUUCCCUUCACGAAAACGUCAAAUAUCUUCCUUCAAUCCCGCUACCCGAUAACAUUAUCGCAACACCAGAUAUUUGUGAUGCAGCCUCCGACGCAACUCUGUUGGUCUUCAACGUCCCUCAUCAAUUCGUAUCAAGCAUCUGUAACCAGCUUAACGGGACCUGCCUUCAAUAUGCCCGUGCGAUUUCAUGCAUUAAGGGGGUAGACGUGAGCCCCGAAGGUAUCUCACUAUUCUCAGAUACCAUUGGUAGGCGACUCGGUAUUUACUGCGGUGCGCUUUCCGGCGCAAACAUUGCGAACGAGGUUGCUGCUGAGAAGUUUUCUGAGACUACCAUCGCCUAUAACCCCCCGACAGGUCCAACUAAGGACUAUCCUAAUGGCCUUGAAGAGGUCCCGGGGGAACUACCAGCGGUCGACCAUACACUCUUCAAGACCCUCUUCCAUAGGCCCUACUUCCACGUGCGCGUUGUUUCCGAUGUAGCUGGUGUCUCCCUCGGCGGCGCGUUGAAGAAUAUUGUCGCAAUUGCUGCGGGCUUUGUUGACGGUCUCGGCUGGGGUGAUAACGCUAAAGCUGCUGUAAUGCGUGUUGGGCUUCUUGAAAUGCGUAAAUUUGGCAAGAUGUUCUUUUCUGAAAGCUGCAAAUCGGCCACCUUUACUGAGGAAUCAUGCGGUGUUGCGGAUUUGAUCACCUCGUGCAACGGUGGCCGAAACCACAAGUGUGCUAAACUCAGCAUUCAAAAGAAUAAACCCAUCGAAGAAAUCGAGGCCGAGGAACUGAACGGGCAAAAGUUGCAAGGGACUAGCACUGCAAGUGAGGUCAAUGAGUAUUUGAAACGUAGGGGACUUGAAGCUGAGUUCCCUCUAUUCACUGCUGUUCACCAAAUUCUCAAAGGUGAAAAGAAGGUCGAACACCUUCCUGAGUUGAUUGAGAGAGUGUAA